AUGAAUAAAACAUUACAAUUGCUAUUGGUGGCUACGAUUUCCGUUCCCGUUAUGUAUUCUCUUACAUGUUAUAAAGGAUUUCGGCUUUUUCGAGGUCAAUCAUUUGGCACAGAAACGGAAGAAUGCGAGAAUGAAAGAGAUUACUGCUAUAACAUGACCGCAGAAGCUGCACUGGUUUUCAAGACCAUAAAGGCUGGUUGCUCAACCUAUAGAUGCAUGUUAUCAGCGAACACAUGCAGAAGUGUGACUUUCCAAGGUAUACCUGUUAACUUCUGCUGUUGUAAUGAAUAUGAUCUUUGUAAUUAUAAUCACGAAUAA